AUGGCCGCUGAAGCUACUGUUCCCCGUCGCCGCCGACACUCGACUGCUACCCGAGACUCUGAAGCUACCGCUAUUUUACUGAAACACACUCGGGCUCACCUCGUCGAUCCUCUUCCUAGGCCGAAGUCAACCCCAGGAGAACGUCCUGCACAACGGCGCAGGCAAAGGAGUCCGAGCGUUAAUGACGAGCCUAUCGAUAAUGUGGAGGGCAUGGAAAUUGACGAGGACAGCAAGAGUCGUUACUUGGUCACGGGAGAUGGGUCUAGUCACGAAUCAUCAGAUGGCGAAGACUCUGUUAUCUUUUUAGACCGUAUUCCAGGCGAUACGACAGACCGUCCAACUAGACCACUGCCAUAUUCCAAAACGCGAAAAAUGACCUCAGUGUCAACCGUCCCCAACCAGCCAAAAAUUUCAUCCAGCUUGAAUCCGAAUGCGCAACCCUUCCCUACACCUUCUAUUUCACCCCUCAAGUCGAGAUCGUUACCUGAAGUUCCUGCAAACCCUCAUAUGUUACCCGUACAGGCCCAUGUACCUCGUGGUGGAAUUGCUUCCAAUAAUAGUCGGCGAUUAUUUGUCGUCCUGGAGCAGGCAUGCUUAGAAGCUUAUCGAGUUUCAGCAGGUUCCAAAUCUGGGAGGAACGGAAAGGGAAAAGAGGGAGAAGUCAAGUAUACAUUAUUGAAUUGUGACGAUCACCAAGGGAUACUUGCAAAAACCGGCCGCGAUAUAGCAGAUGCCAGACCAGACAUCACUCAUCAGUGCCUUCUUACCUUGCUUGAUUCCCCGUUGAACAAGGCUGGUCUUCUUCAAGUUUACAUACACACUACCAAAGGGGUUCUCAUAGAAGUGAACCCACACGUUCGUAUUCCCCGUACGUUUAAGCGGUUCAGUGGUCUGAUGGUUCAACUUCUUCACAAAUUAUCCAUAAGAGGUGUCAAUGGCUCAGAAAAAUUGUUGAAAGUGGUCAAGAACCCAGUUGUCGACCAUUUCCCUCCCAAUACCCACAAAAUAACACUAUCUGGUGAUGCUCCCAUUCGGCGUCUUUCGACAUAUCUUCCUACGAUCCCGGAGACUCAUAACAUUGCUGUUUUCGUCGGUGCAAUGGCGCGCGGUAAAGACGACUUCGCAGACGCCUAUGUGGACGAGAAGAUUGGUUUAAGUGGCUAUGCACUCAGCGCUAGCGUCGCUUGCGGAAAAUUCUGUUGUGCCCUCGAGGACUUAUGGGAUGUAGCUUAA